AUGUCUCCUAUUCCACGCCGCGUCGCUGUCAUCGGUGCUGGCCCCUCAGGGCUGGCCGCGACUCAUGCUUUGGCCAGUGAAAAGAUAUUUGAUACACUCCGAGUCUUUGAUCGACGACCAGAGGUGGGAGGAUUAUGGAACUACGACCAAGAGCCUGAUGUGUUUCCACAGGCGACUGACGGAUCACCACCAUCAAGAGAAUUGAAACACCCAGAAAACCUUCCCGGAUUCGCUCCCGCCGCUCCGGCCGAUCCAGACGCCCGAACAGCUUUAUAUUAUGGACUUGACAGCAAUGUAGGGGCGUCGACAAUGGCGUUUACUUGGGCACCUUUCCCCGAGGCCAAUUCCCCCAAUUCGGUUCGUCGCCUUGGGUUGAAUAAUGCAUCACGUCCGCAUUACGCGAUCAAAGGAUGGAUCGAGGAUAAUUUCAAGCCUUUCCUACCUUGGAUAUCGCUUUCUACAACUGUUGAAAAGGUCGAGAAAAUCGAUAAUGAAUGGGUCCUCACUCUGAGAAAGUCUCAUCAAACUUACGGAGGAAAAGAUGAGGAUUACUGGUGGACAGAAAAGUUUGAUGCUGUUCUCGUGGCUUCAGGCCACUACAGCUCGCCCUACAUUCCUAACAUCUCGGGGUUGGCUGAGACCUCGGAACGUUUGCCGGAGGCUUUCGAGCAUUCAAAAUCAUACCGAAAAGCUGACAAAUAUGUCAACAAGAACGUCCUUAUCGUCGGGGGAAGUAUAUCAGCGACUGAUUUUAUCACCGACCUCCACGAAAUUGUCAAGGGAAAGCUACAGCUGGCAGUUCGCACUCAGAAUGAAGCUCUACAGGCAGCAUACAACUUACCCAAUGUACAAUUGCGGCCUGAAGUCAAGUCUAUAUCAUCAUCACAGGAUGGAGGGGUCACGGUAACAUUCGUCGAUGGCCAGAGCAUUCAAAACGUAAACCAGAUUAUAUUUGCAACAGGGUAUCGCUUCUCCUACCCGUACCUAAAACCGGAUCUUGUGGCAAGCACAAAAGGGUCGAAUAGAGUCACGGGGCUAUACCAGCACGUCUUCAAUAUCGAGGACCCAACGUUAGCCUUCGUUGGCAACGUCAAAGCUGGUCUGACAUUCCGCGUCAAUGAAUAUCAGGCAGUUGCCAUAGCACGGUUCUUGGCUAGACGCUCCGCUGCGCUGCCGUCAAAGGAAGACCAGAGAAAGUGGGAGGCGGAGCGUCUAGCGCUCAAAGGACCGUCCAGCAACUUUCACGAAAUCCUGCCUGAUUUCGAGCCUUACUUUAAUUGGCUGGCGGAAUUUGCUGGAGAGCCAUCCCAAGAGUCGAGUGGCUACAGAUUACCGAAGUGGAAAGAUUCAUUGGCAGAAGAGGGCCUCGCACUGCUGGAAAAGAAGGCAAAGUACUGGCAGUCGAUCAUCGAUGGCCACAAGUCAGUUCGGGCAAAG